UGGAAUGAAUUUGAAGGCUCCUGCUACAAGGUUUUGCAAAAGUUUGGUUAUUUGCGAAAAUUUUCAUGGUCGACAGCCUUAGACGUGUGUUCGGGGUAUGGAGGAGGCCUUGCUAGCAUAUCGAACGAAAAAGAGAUGGACUUUGUUCGUAACCUGUCCCCUAAAUUCAGAAGCGAUCCUGUUUGGAUUGGACUGGCUUAUCGGUUUCAGAAAAGAGCAUAUUUAUGGAGCAAUGGGAGUUCUUUCAACAGUUCUGUUUCCGGCAAAUGGCUGGGCAAAUUAGCAAGAAAUGUAUCUGAAAACAAAUGCGUCGAAAUCUUGGGAAAUGGUCCGAGUCUUACCGACUGUUGCAAGGAGAACAAAUAUUUCAUCUGCGAGAAAGCGAAAGGUGAGUUGCCUCAGAAAAAAUUUAUAUGACAGCGAUGCUCGUCGAACAUUCUACAAGUAUAUGAGGAGAGGAAAGGAAAAGUUGUGGACUGAGCAUCAUUCAGAGGGCUACAAUCCAAAAUGACUGACAUUCGAGUUGUUGAGCUAUCUGCUACGUGCAUUGAGUCAGUUAAUAGAAGUGAACUUUUUUUCACUCCUGCAAAAGAAUUCCCAGCAGCUUAGCAGAAAUUAGUGCAUCUACAUACUGAACUACUGGGUUCUAUUCCCUUCUGAGAAGCUCAGGUAUUUUUAAGUCCCCCACCCACAGUAUAAUUAUAUUAUUUUUCAUUCAUAACGUUUUGUAAGAAUUGAUUCGAUUUUGUAGAACUGGUAUCUCUUUGGGUCAACACGAACUUGAGUCGCGCCCAGAUACAAAACCAAUUUAUCAUACGUUGUAAGGGUAUUCCAGUACCGGUACUCCGAGAAGUGUCCAUCAUUUUUAAAUAAGUCUAAAGGUUGGAAAAGGUUUAAAAUUAAGCUAACUACGGCUUAAUCAAUGGUCUCUACGAGAGAAAACGUCUAUCAUCGACAAAUUUGUCAAGCUGCCUCUUUUUUAGUUAACACAACCGUUUGAUUUCACUCUAAUCAUGUCAAAUUUUCUUUUCUUCUGUGACCCAAAUAUAAAUCGCAGUUCAGUUUCGCCCCAUAUGAGGUUAUCCGGAUUGCGGAAUCUGGGAAAUUAAUUCUUGCCCGUGGAACCUGGAACUUGCUUUGGAAACUGAGAUCCAGCUCACUCUCCGUUAGCACUAUAGUGCUCUACCAACUGAGCUAUGAAGACCCAUACAUUAGGAGCAGGCCCUUAUGUUGAGUUUAUCUUAACCCGUGAAAGGAAUGAAACUUAGAAUGAAGGUGAUGUGAACUGCGAAAACACAAAGUUUAAAUGAAGACAUUGAAAUUAUCACUGCGACGAUCAUAUCUUAAACUUAAUGUAUUAAAGAUGAGUUUUACAGUUAACCUAUUCACUGAAUAUAUAUUCAGUUACUACGUUUUGAUUUUAUUAUUUCGGCCCAUUAACUAGGCCCCCUGGUUUGUUCUCCGGACUGGUUUCUCAGU